UUUACUUCAAAAUCCCAAUCUCCCUAUAAGGAAGUCUUUCAUGAUAGCGACCAUACGCCUGAAAAGGCUCGGACAUCCUGUGACAAAUUCAAACGGAAGUGAACCACUCACGUGUUGCGUUACGUCACGCUGCCCUGCCCUCGCCUGAUACAUAUACGUUAGGGUAAAAGAGGGUAGCAAUAUUACAACGUUCGGUUCCACUCGACAUUCCGUGAAUGUAUAAUAUAUAUCAUAAAGUUUGACAAGAAGUAAUUUGUGGACGUUUUUCUUCAGAACCAUCUGUCUCGGACUGCUAAAGGUCUCAGUGAUGUUGCACUGUAUACCCAUCUUGUUUUUCGUGCUCGCUUUAACCUUCUGUGAUGCACAAAACACAACGUACGAAGUGCGCAUCCUCGAGGGCCUACCAACCGCUGAUCUUACAACCCGAGGUAUCAGCCCGGCGACGCUUGUCAUUCGUCAUAACUUGCAGGGUAAGAUCACGUUCAAGGAGAGUUCACGGUAUUGGAUCGAGAUGAGAAUUCAAGUGCCAGAGGGGCGAAAUACGAGUGAAAUACAAACCGCGUACGGACUGGGAAGAGACAACGAGACUAUAAUACUACAAGUGGAUGACAUGUUGCUUAGACCAGACCCAAUGACAAACGAAGCGAAAGACCAGCUCGUCUUGAUCAUCGGAGCAUCUCUCGGCGGAUUCUUUGUCGUCUGUAUCACUGUUUCUUUGUUUAUCUACUUUUGCUGGUGGAAACCAAUCCAUUCGCAGAAAGAGCAGGGGCUUAUUUCGACGGAACACCAGGGGGAUAAUGCAACAGAAGGCUCCGUGUUCCGAGAAACCACUUUCGCCCAGAGAAGGCGGAUCUUCAGCGACUCGUCAGUCGCUGUUGCCAUAGUGACCUUCAUAGCAACAGCGUGCGUGGUACAUGCUCAGUUGGUUUCACCUAUGGUAGACAUCACCGUGUACACUCCCCACGGGUUUCUGCGAGACGACUCUAUGGUACUGGUACGAGCGGACCACAGGAACCCCGUAGAGGUGAAUGCCUCUAUUUCCAUCAGUGUUUAUGAUGUCCCAAGCGCGGCCCAGUUUCUGUCAGACCAUUGUGAUGUCAACGUCACGUGUCACAUGGGAACCUGCGAUCCGCUGACCGGCAAAUGCGCAUGUCCUAGAGAGAAGAAGCUGCUGACACCAGGGCGGGAUCGCUGUGUUUAUGCUUGCGAAUCUAGCUGUCCUUCUGGAACGUUCGAGGCGAGCCCGUGUAACGAGACGCAGUCAGCAGUCUGUCGCAAAUGUCGUCCACUCUGCAGUUAUAACGAGUUCGAGUCUGCCGCGUGCGCCGGGACCACAGACAGGAACUGUACCGAUAUAUCACAGCUUCCGCAGAUCAAAGUUUCUCAACACCUGAUGUAUGAGGACCUCUUCAAGGUCAAGCACGACAUCAACACCGAGCCUCCGGUCACCAACAUCAGCGGUCCAUACGAUGUCUGGCUCAACAGGACCAGCGGUAUCGCCCUUCGUGUCAGGCUCAUUAGCAUGGAUCUCAGCACUAGCUUUCGACAAGUCCAUCACCAUAGCAACGACAACACUAGGUUCCAGGAUCUUAGCGAUUUCAAAAAGAUUCUUGACGAUUUUUGUGAAUAUCCGCUCCCAGAUUUCUACAUAGCAAGUAUUAGUCAUUUUCAAGAGAUAGAUGUUCGGAAAGAUGACUACUAUAAUGACUGCCCAACCUACCCUAAAUCGGAAUCCAAAAGAAAAGCUAAGGUUGACGACGCGUUGUUCUGCCCGGGGGUUAAUAACUCAGUUGUGCCCCUCUUUGGAAGCAGAACUCUGAGCGACAAACUCAGAAAAGUCGAGAAAAGCGCCGACUGUCAUCGCAAAAAGCUGGCCUGCGGUAAAUGCCGUGAGGCAUGCGCAAAACACGUUCGCUCCAUCCCAGGCUGCGACAUCAAGACAAGGUUUGACGUCACUCUUGGAAAACAAAAUUAUUCUGAGCAUUACGCUUAUUGCUUUGAUUGCUGUUUCGUCGAUAACUGCACAUGCACGUCUUGUCCAUGUGGGAUGUACGAGAAAAAUUGCCUGGACUCUCAGAUUACCUGUGUCCGCGCGGACGAGUACAAGAUUUCCCUUGAACCAAGUUUUCCUUCAUCCGGGGAUUUCAGAUGUCACGUGGAGGUAGUGAAAGGACCACAAUUUGUUUUGCAAACGUCGCUAUGGAAACACGGGGAAAUGGUGUAUGGUGUUGCCGGCGACAUGAAGAAUCUCACCAAGGAAUCGAACGAAGAAUCGACUCACGACUUCGGGUAUUUGAUUUUUCACCAUCCAACUGCAUUCCAUGGGAAGGACACGAAAAAAGACCUAAUAAUCAGCGGAAAUGUUAACCGCGAGUCAUUCGAUGUCGGAUGGUUCAGCCAUGAUAAAGACCUAACGAAUUCAAUCGCCUCAGGAUCCGAGAGGAACUCACUACACCUUCAACCUCGACGCCCAUUUCGCAUAAACACCAAAACCUGGCCCAGCACGCACUGCGCGUCCAAGCCCAAGGGAGACUUCGUCCUUGUCGCCAAUACUUCAGUGCAUAAAAACUUCGAGAAGUUCGCUAACCUCUACGCCGAGCUUGACUGGCAGGAUCGCCAGAGGGUGUAUAAGGUUUACGACAAGAGUUCUUACCGCAAGGUGUCGUUUCGGGUGCCAAAGGAAUGUUCCAUCCUCAGAGAGAUCCUCCCGAGUACAACCAUCCUUAAUGAUGCAUCCUUACAAGGCGCCCUGGUCAGCAACCGGACGUUUUGGACACUGAUGGUGAAGGGUUGGUUGAAAGAGUGUCCGGGCGCGUUUAACAUCAAGAUGUAUGAUCAGGACAGGCCUAAGGUGGAGGUGUAUAACUAUGAUAUAGCUGUGACCAAGUCCAAGUGUGAUUUCCUAGUAGAGUUUAACCUUCCGUCCGGUGCCGACACAAACUUGAUCGACAAGCAGUUCAUGAUCAAACUGACCGAUACACACCGCUCGAUCCAGAUCGUCCUUGUGAGCCCGCGAUACGCGCCAAACUUUAACCUCCCUGAGAUAGACAGCGAAAUCGAUAUCGAUCACAUCGCGCACCUUCUCCUCCCCUUCGCCUACGCCCUUGUUGUCAUGGUGACCCUCCUAGUAGGGAUCCUUAUCUAUGGGUACAGGACACGCCCUAAGGAUAGGUCCCACCGGGACAGGGACAGCAAGCUUCAUUUUCGGCACGUGCUAUUUGUGGUAUGGCACGUGGGAAUGCGACUGGUGAAGAGCUUCCUCCUGACCUUGACCCUGCUUGUGGUCGUUCUGUCUGCUGUUCAUCACAGUAAUGUUAAGGUGUUGGAAAGGUAUCCUGAAUUUCGGGCGCAGAGGAAUGGUAUUGAGAGGGAACUCAUGGAGCGAAUGGAAUCGCACAAAGCGCAGGAGAUAGAUCGUCAGUUGCGACACCUUGAAAAAGGCAAGGAAACGUGUGACCAAAAACUGGACGAAGCCGACAAAAUGAUCGACGCGUAUUUCCGAGAGAUGCAGCGACGGUUGAUGGAGGACAUAAAGAAUAAAUCUAUCAUUCACGCCGCGUUUAAAAGUGUUGAGCGACGUUUUAAGGAGGCAAAGAGAAACUUUAGAGACACACGAGAAGAGUUCAAUCGCGGGCUCCGAGUUCUAACCGAUGAGAUAAACGAGAAAGUACAAAAAAUCCAAAACAAGAUCCAGGGAACGUUCUGGAUGUCGGCUGCUAAGGUUAUGUACGACAUCAUUGAUGCCGCUUCAAGAAUCUUCGGGGGUGGACUCGGACCGUUUAUCAAUUGGGUCAGUUUAGAUGUCAGCUUUCCACGGAUUGACGUCUCUUUAGGAUCCUUCGAUGCCUUCUUUGAUGAUUUCACCAAAUCUUUUAAUAAGCCGGACCUAGACUUCGAUGUAAUCAAUUAUAAUUUCAGUGGAUUUCACGUUAAUUUACCAAAAAAGAGCAUGUCUUUGAACUUGGAAGAGCUCGAAAUACCAGAGUUUAAAUUCUUCAGUCCAGUAACAGGGGAGAGAAUUGAAGAACUGCUGGUUUUAGAAUGGAUUGCGUCGCUAUUCAAGACUGGCAUUAUUUCUGGUAUUCUUCUCGUCAUGGACUUUCUGUGGUUUGUUUAUAGACACUGCAAGACGUAUCAAAGUGCGCUCUUGUUGCUGCACGGGAUACCUGUGGUGUACAACCUUGAUGACAUCAUCGAAGAUAACGAGAAAAAGAGAAAGGAGACGGAGAAGAAAAAGUUGAAGGAAUCCAUAGAAUCAUUUGACACAAGCGUGGAGAGCAUUGGCUCGAAUUCUACUGGUUCACCAGGGAGGAGUGUAACGUCUACGGAGCAGGAUAAAAGCGAUAAGCAACGGAAAAUCACUCAAAUAUCAAACGGGCAAGAGGACAAGGAACUCAGGACUGGUUCUCAGGGGAGGGGUGAUGAAGAUUUUUGCGGAGAUGAAGUUGAUGGACAAAGUGAGGUUCGUGAGCAUGGAAUGAGAGCUGUCUCUUACGGAAUGAUGGCUUUAGGAUACCUUAACGAUGCCGCAUUCUUCGUAUUUCGGCAGCUAAAGGUGUUGAAUUAUCAGUUGACAAAGACCAACCUCGUUCCCAUGUGCUUGCUUGGCGUGAUAGGAAUGCUGUCAAUCUACGUUGUCAUAGUAACAGCCAAGUAUUCUCUGAACGUUGAGUCGCUCGAUGCGCUGGGGUACUUUGAGGUGAAGAUGGCGCCGAUAAUGACGAUGAGGAAGAUUGUAAAUACAAGAAUCACCUCAAACGCCUUUUUAAUCAAUGAGAUUCAGUUACCGUACUACGAGAAAAGGUUGAGUGCUCGUGUCGCGUUUGCGCGAAAGAAAGCCGAGUUCUUUCAGGGUUUCCAGUGCACGACUGCUGAUCUGCAUAACAAGGAAUACUGUUUCUGGGUCGACGGAAAAUGUGACAGAGUCAAGCCAUACACGGAACAGUUCCUGCAAAACUUAACGAAGCUUGAGUGUAGUGUGCCAGCGGUUAUACCCAAAAGGUUCACCAAGUUCGACCGCAUCCUAUACAAGCAGCAGAUGAUGCGUGGAGUCGACCCCUACGUGACCGCCUGCAGAUCCCUCGUCCUAAACACCUUCUACACCCUACUCGUCAUCAUCGCCAUCUUCGUCAUUAUCACCCUGAUCGGCGAGGUGCUGAUGGUUGUACUCAAGAGAUUUGAUCUCAUCCGAACGGUCAAGACCUAUCGGGUGGGUGCAGCGAUCACGAGAGAACAGGAGAAGGACCCUGAUGGCGUUCAGAGCGUUGGGAGGUUAAAGAUCCCAGAGAUGUUCAAAGAAGGGGACGACCAGGUGGAUAACAAGGAAGGGUGGACGCUACAGUGGUUGCCCGAGGUUGCGAAGACGCUGAACUCGACGAACAACAAAAAGGAAAACGUGGAAAAGAAAAGGAAGGAUAAGUUUGGGAGUGAUGUUAUAGAACUUGAACAUCAAACACAUAAGGGAAAGAGGAAGAAAGAGAAAGAUGAAUGUAUGGAUACUCAAGUUUGACGAGAAAGGCACAGGGAGCUCACCUCACUAGGUAUGCCGUGUCACGCCACGGGCUAUAGGAUAGUUUGACUCCGAAAUGAGGUCUAAUGUCUUGUUAGUGUUGAGUAAAGCACGUAUCCCUGCUUCAACUGGAUGUACUUGACUUGGUUUCGCUCCUACAGCGAGCUGUCCCUACGAGCUUGCGACCUUUCAAACGACGCGCUGUCUAACCGCCGCCGCCACCUGGUAAAUGUAACUCGACCACCUCGACCUCCAGCUGCACGUUUUUUCUCUUCCCCACAACAACACUAACAAGACAUUAGACUUUGUCACACGGAAAACAUUUCGCAUAAAAUAAUAACGGCUGGUGUCUCACUAUCCAAUGAGAGAGCGUUUUUAAUCCGCCUUAGACACAUACGACCUAAACUAAUUCUUGGGAAGUGAAAAUAACGACUUUUUAAAAGUCAACACCCUUUGUGCAACCAACAAUCACAAAUAACAAAUAAAUAUGUGUAUAUCUUUUUUAUUUCAUCAUUACCAGAAGGUAGUAGCAAAAUAACAUUCUAGAAAAUUAUAAUCACCUUGUUACCUUUAAUUAUGUAUGGUAUUUCUAUGUUUUUUGUUGCCACGAUGAGAAUCAUGGAUUACAUUUGAACAGGGUCCAAGGAACCUUUCCUUGGAACUAUAAAAAAGGAAGCACACAAA